GGCCGAGCCUGGAGUAUUUUUCUAGAACGAGAUUAAUAAGUUGCGAUUAUCUAUCUAUCUAUCAGAUUGUGAAAUCCAACAAGUGUUUGGUCAAAAGUUAAAGCCACUGCGUAAAAAAUAAUGAAAAUGUCGCCCAAAUUCGUAUUGGAUGUCGCUCUUGUCGUAGUCGUCAUUUUCGGAAAUGCUACUUCAUUAGAGGUCGAUGGGAUAAUACCCAGUCCCAAUGACGACUGCUCAACAUCUGCCAGCGCGGAAGCCGAUGAUAUUAGUCAAGAGAAAACUGAUCUCAAAUCCUUCAUGCUAAAGUAUGAAUCGGAUGACGGAAAUAGCUGUCUUCUGGAUGUUGUAAAAGACGAGGUGAUAUCAUGGAUAUAUCCCAAUGGAACCCUUAAGGAGAGCACCAAGAAGUUCGGCAGCAAGCUGUAUUUGGAUUUGUCUCAUGGUAACCUGAAGGAGGACACCGAGUUGCUGCUGGAAGUGAAGGCGGCCAGGAAAUUUAUGAGAUGGAGGAUAGAAGUCUUUUCGGCGGCUUUCAACACCUUGAAUGCGGCACCCUUUAACACGCUCCACUCUAUGAGGGACUCCCUGAAGUUUUUAUCAUUAAGGGGAAAUAAUUUCGCUGACUUAAUCCCAGAUGCCGAAGCAUUUGAGCGUUUCAUAAAUGAAACACGCUUGGAAGCAAGUAGCGCUACACUACACAAAUGCGAGCUGUUCCUUGUCCAUAAUGCAACCGAACUAUAUGAUCGGGAGUGCUAUCUAUACUUUCAAAACAACACCCACACAAACACAGCCACAUCCAGCAUUAACUAUGCGGACUACAUUCAGUUUUUGAAAGAUCGGUAUGAUCUACUCGGGGAGUCAUCCCAAUCAAUUGCCUGGGCAAGCUUCCCAAGUCUACCUCGGCUCCUGGAGCUUGACAUAAGCAACUGCAGCAUCGAGUAUGUGAGCAAGGAAGUCUUCCAGAACAUGAGUAACCUUCGGCGACUAUUUAUGUCGGAAAACAAAUUUGUGACCCUUAAGCACGAUACCUUUACAUACAUCCAGAAAGUGCAAUAUCUGGACAUUUCAUUCACCAAUGUCCUAACCUAUACCUACCAACUGCAGCUGCCCACGCUGGAGAUGGCCAUGAGCCUGGUCUAUGGACUAAAGAUCCAGCAAUUUGUGUUUAAGCUCCUGCCGGAACUGAUUUACCUCGAUCUUUCCCACUCGAAGAUGACUCGGAACAGUGCGGUGGCCUUCGCCCAUUUAGGUGAGAAGGUGAGGUUCCUCAGUCUGUGCUACACCGCUAUUCCUAUGGUGAGCAGUGCAAUCUUUAAGAACACGGCUGUAGAGGGUCUAGAUCUUUCUGGGAAUCCCUAUCUGUCGUACAACAUUAUAGACGACGCCUUUGAUGGCAUUGCCGAAACACUUAAGUACUUGUACUUCGAGCGCUCUAACCUGAAGGACUUGGAGUGGGCCAAGCCUCUGAAAAAGCUCCAGAUUCUGGGCCUGGCGGGGAAUAACAUCAACGCCCUCACACCGGCCAUGUUUGAACCCCUGGAAUCGCUGGAGGUCCUGGAUCUUAGUUCGAACCAUGUGGGCAACUGGUACCGCAGUGCCUUCCACAACAACUCGGCUUUGAGAGUCCUGAACCUUCGGAGCAAUACCAUCAAUAUGCUCUCAGAUGAAAUGCUGAAGGAUUUCGAGCGCCUGGAUUACCUCAGCCUGGGAGACAACAACUUCAUCUGUGACUGCCACCUGAGGGCCGUAGUGGAGGUUGCUGCCUCGAACAACAAGGAUGCGGACUGCUCAUACAGCCUUCUUAACUAUAGCCAAAAGUCGGCACUGGGGAAGGAUCUAAUUGCGGCGUCUGAGUCACUUAAUAUCGAUCGCAAGCUCUGGCAGAGGCGCUAUAUUCCCUGGCUGAUGAAAAGCUACUCCAACAUCAAGGACUACAAUCGAGCGAAUCACAUUAUCAGACUGCGCUUCUCCUCGGCGGACUACAAGCUAUCCAAGUGCCAGCAACCGCAGCCAUUUCAGAUGGAAGAGGUGGACCCCGAUCUCUCGCUAAAAUUCCAGCUGCUCGACUACGAGGCCAGCGAGUAUUGGUGCUUCAAUAAUACGGAUCAGCUACAGGUGGACCAGCUGAACUGCCAUAUACGCGCCUUGACCGAUCUAACAGAGGAGUUGCACCACAUCAAGACCACGGUGAUUGCCGUGGUGGGUAGUGUGGUGGCAGUGUGCAUUCUGGGAUUCAUUAUUUAUCUAAAACGCUGGCACAUUCACUACUACUACUCCUCGCUAAAGUCCGCCGCUUUGUUAUCCAGCGCUUCCAAGGAGUCGGCGGAGAGCUUUAGCCAUAUUUCUCAGAGAGAUCCCAGCGCCGUUUAUGACAUCUUCAUAAGUUAUUGCCAGAACGAUCGUCCCUGGGUGCUCAAUGAAUUGCUGCCCAAUGUGGAGGAAGCUGGGGAUAUAUCCAUAUGUUUGCACGAACGUGAUUUUCAGAUUGGAGUGACUAUCCUGGACAACAUCAUCUCAUGCAUGGACAGAUCGUACUCCCUGAUGCUGAUAAUCUCGUCGAAGUUUCUUCUGAGCCACUGGUGUCAGUUCGAAAUGUAUUUGGCGCAGCAUCGUAUCUUUGAGGUUAGCAAAGAGCAUUUGAUCCUAGUCUUCCUAGAAGACAUUCCCAGGAGCAAGCGUCCAAAAACUCUGCAGUAUUUAAUGGAUGUGAAGACGUAUAUUAAAUGGCCUGCUGGGAAGGGCGACGCCAGUCCCACUUCUGAGGAGCGAAAACUAUUUUGGAAACGCUUGAGAAGAUCCUUAGAAGUUCUGGGCAUAAGUUCCAGAGAGGCCAAGGCUUAAGAUUAGAUUAGUGUACUUUAAGUUGCUUUAAAGAGUUCUAGUCAGUUUUUGCAAGUACCUGAUAAAAUGUAUAUAAAUAACCCGUUUAUUAAACAGUAAUACGGAUAAGUGUUGAUA